GAAACAUCGUGCUGGGAUUUUGUUUAUUUGAUCAGUAAGUGAAUAAAAAAAUCAAUACUGAAUCAUCUCUUUUAUACUUUCGUAGACAAUUUCUUGUCACUCUGGAUUGUUUAUAAUGAAUGAAAUUGGGUCUGGAUACGGCUCUCCACAAAUUCAACGGACUUAUCUCAUUCCUCUUGCUGAACAGUUCACAAAAAUUUGUGUAGAUGCGUCAUCCGUUGAUGAUUUUGUCGAAUAUGUGAUCCGAGAUAAGUCAACAAGCUGUAAUAAGUCGAAUAUGAGGUUAUGGCGAAAAGAUGCCUGCAAAGCUCUGAGGCUCGUUAAUGCGCGUACAAUGGUUACUCCUGUUCCAAAAGAUUCACCAAUUAUUAUUGACCAGUCUGAAUCUCCGAAAUUGGAUAUGUCGGUGGAUACAGAUAAAAAGUUACCACGCAAACGAUCUAGGUUGAACAUGGAAUCAACAGUUGUUGAAUCUUUCACCCCUCGGACUUGUUCAUCUACUCUAGCGAGUCUCAAAUACACUACUCCUAAAGAUAUACGGAAACAAAUAAAAGCUUUUCUGAUAUCUCAUCUGUUUUCCGAUAUGGGACUACCAGUUUGGCCAACUUUACUUAUUAAUGGUCCACCAUUUUGCGGUAAAACAGCACUAAUUGAAGCAGCAUGUGGAACUCUAGGUCUAAAGAUUAUCACUGUAUCGGUUGGCACAGUGCCAUCGUCUAUGCGCUCUUGGAUGGAUAUAUUCAAUCAGGCCAAGAGUUGUGCACCUUGUAUUUUACAUUUAGAUGAUAUUGAAAGUAUGGAAAAGCAUUCCUCUCCUGUUGGAACAUUUCGUCUUACUUGUCUUUUGAAGAGUCAAAUACUUAGAGAUAUGACCAACUCAGGUGUUGUAUUAAUUGGUGAAACUCGAUGUCUUCUAGCCAGUUUACCGCAAAGUAUUUUAGAUUUAUUUACACAGAAGUUAACAUUUGGUAUGUUAAAUGAAACUCAUCGUUUAAACUUAUUACGGCAGUAUUUAUCAGACGAUAGUGAAUUUACUAUAUCAACAAAACCGGUUGUUAGCCAGCAAAUGAAACCAUUACAACUCAGUGAUAAUUUAACAUGUCUUGAAUUAGCACGUCGUACACCUGGUUAUGAAAUUGGCGACCUAAUUCGUUUGGUGGCUCAUUUAAAAAUGGCUUGUUUAACAAAUGACAAUAGUAGUGAUGACGAUGAUGAUGAUAAUGAUGCGAAUGGUGGUGAAUACAAUACAAAUGGUCAAGAAAUCCGGGUUAAAUUUGCACAUGAUUUAUGUAUUGAUGAUUCAGUGGAGAACAAUAUCCUAUCGAAUACAGUUAAACAUCCUCUGAUUGUAACACGUGAAAUGGUUGAAAAAUCCUUAUCGGUUAUUGUUCCAGCGGUUAAAAAUACUGCUGAAUUUGUAACUAUUCCAGAUAUAACUUGGGCUGAUGUUGGUGGUUUAGAGUCAACUAGACAACAGUUGUAUAAUCGUUUUAUGCUUCUUAUCGAUGAUUGGGAACGUGCUCAGACGUUGCAUCGACGGUCAGGAGGUGUGUUGCUAGAAGGUCCACCUGGUUGUGGAAAAACACUUGUAGCCAAAGCUUUAUCCAAUCAAGCUGGUCUUAAUUUCUUAUCAGUUAAAGGACCAGAAGUACUAAAUAAAUUUCAAGGUGAAAGUGAACGUCGUAUUCGUGAAAUAUUUGAACGUGCACGUGCUUGUCAACCGUGUCUUAUAUUUUUCGAUGAAAUUGAUGCAAUUUGUCCAAGACGAGAUAGUGAUGAAUCAACAGGAAGUCGAGUUAGUUUAGUGAAUCAACUAUUAGUCGAAUUAGACGGUAUUGAUAAGCAUAGAUCAGGUCGAGUAUUUGUUGUUGGCGCUACAAAUCGUAAGGAUAUGAUUGAUCCGGCUAUACUUCGUCCUGGUCGUCUUGGUUUACAUCUGAUGAUUAGUCCACCAUCGAAUUUUAAAGAACGUCUUUCAGUUCUGUCAGCUUGUACACGAUCUGCAACAACUCCUCGGAUUGAGAAUGGUAUGUUAACGCUUGAAUUGAUUGCGAAUGAUUCACGGACUGAAAAAAUGAGUGGUGCUGAUUUGGAGAAUUUAUUGGAAUUGGCUAAACAGAAAGCUCAAAUCGCCCGACAAGAUUUUGUUUCACAGGCUAAUCUACUGGAUGCUUUGUCUGAAUUACACAAUUGAACUGAUCAUUUUGUACAAUUACUUUUCAAAUCUUUGUUAUAAGUAGAGUUACAUAUAUGUAUAUGCACAAUGAUAUACAACUUUUGACCUUAUUUCUUAACUCAGUCUCUAUGCCCAAAGUGUAUUUUAGAUGUAUAAAGCAUUUGUAAUUUAAUCCUAUCAAAUGAUUGUUACGUCUUCUGUGAACGAAAUAAAAUUAUUGUAAAAACAACCAGUUUUGAGUCAUUUUUGUCUUUUUGAAUAUAAUCGCAUAUUUUA